GGACCUCUGUGAAAAUUCGAUCAGUUAACCCAACUCAUGUGAAGGGAUGACAGACAUUGCCAGUGUGGCACUCGCCUAAUCGGCUAUGUGUACGAGUCACUGUCUUCAUCCCUAGAACACUCAUUUAGAUUCAUCCCCUUCCAAAAAUUUGGGAGGAAAAGCCAGGAUGAAGAAGAUAAGUCUUAAGACCAUAAGAAAAUCAUUCAAUUUAAAGGGCAAAGAAGAUGGUGAAUUUCCACAACCAGGUUUGGCGGCCAAUUAUUCCGUGGAAGAUUCUCUAUUUGGAAGAUGUCACAGUAAAGAACUUGUCGGCAGUGACUUGGAUAAUGAGGAGGAUAAAGGGUCCAAGAAUAGGUCCAAAGGCGAAAGCCUUAUGGGCACUUUGAAAAGAAGGCUGUCAGCCAAACAGAAACCAAAGGUCAAGGGGGGUUCUCCAUCGGUAAGCUCCAUAGAUGACGAUACCCUCUCCUCUUCGUCUGCUCCCAUUAGCUUUAGUGACAUCAAAUCCCAGCAUUCCCUGCGCUCCACUUCUGUUCAUAGUCACCAUUACAGUCCUACCCCUUGGCCCCUCAGACCAGUCAACUCUGAGGAGACGUGUAUUAAAAUGGAGGACAAAGUGAAAGCUUUGAUUCACUCCUCAGGCCCCACCCAGAACCUCAACGGUAUCCACAAAGAAUUCCUUGAACUCCAGAGGGAUGGACUGUUUGAAGAGUCUAGUAAUGCCUUGAAGAAUCCUGACACACAGAAUGGUGACUUGCAUCUUGAAAUGGAUGAACAUGUGCCUGUAGUCAUUGGUCUUGGAGCUCAGGAUUACAUCCAGUACACAAUGCCUUUAGACGAUGGUCUUUAUCCCGAGGAGGGGUCGCGUUCGUUCUGUGUGGACGGCACCUCGCCGAUGGACGUCGUGCCUCAGUCAGAGGGAUGUUCUCUUCACGCGGACGAAGACCCCAUCGACCAGGAUCUCUUAUCGCCCGACAUUUUCAUGGAGCCGUCGGUGAACAGACUCCUGUUAAACACGGCUAACGUUUUGCUGCAAGGCUCCAGACUUGAAGCCCCCCUUUCGCCUUUGCUACCUCCACUGUCUGGCGGUCGUCUACAGAGAAACGUUCCUGGGUUUGGUGGUACAAACUCUCAGGUCGCCGAAAGAGUCAUGCAUCAUCUCAACUUCGACCCCAGUUCAGCCCCUGGAGUUCAGCGGGUAUACGAUGCAGUGCAGAACAGCGGACAGUUGGUGGUAACCAGUCUUACGGUUGAGCUGAAGAAACUAGCCAAGCAAGGAUGGUAUUGGGGUCCCAUCACGAGAUGGGAAGCAGAGGAGAAGCUCACCAGCCUGCCCGACGGUUCUUUCUUAGUCCGCGACAGCUCAGACGAUCGUUAUCUCUUGAGUUUGAGCUUUCGUUCACAGUGUAAGACUCUUCACACCCGUAUAGAACACUCAAAUGGAAGUUUCAGCUUCUACGAGCAGCCUGAUGUCGAGGGCCACACGUCCAUCGUGGACCUCAUUGAACAUUCUAUGAAAGAUUCCGAAAAUGGAGCUUUCUGCUACUCCAGAUCUCGCCUACCAGGGUCUGCAACCUACCCUGUCAGACUGACCAAUCCUGUUUCACGGUUUAUGCAAGUGCGGUCUCUGCAAUACCUGUGCCGAUUUGUCAUUCGUCAGUACACAAGGAUAGAUCUGAUACAGAAGUUGCCUUUACCUAACAAAAUGAAAGACUAUUUGCAGGAAAAGCACUACUGAACACAGUGAGACUGGACUUCACAGGUUUUUGGUUGUUACUUGCACUUUUUGAGAUGAGAGUGAGGCAGGUUUUGCAACACACGGUUUUCCUAAGUCCGUUUGAUUCCAUUAGUCUACAUAUUUUUGUCAAGGCAAAAAUCCAGUGAGGUUUGUUAGUUGAAUUAGUGUCUCUGCUAGAUUACAUAGGGGAUUUGUUGUUUGGCAGACCAAGUGCAAAGAAUGUGAUUAGAGUGGUCAAAGUAUCAUAUUUGAGUAUUUUCUGCAUGCUCACACUGAAACUGUAGCAUUUAUUUUUGGUUAUGGUUCACACUUAUGAAACAAACAGUCCAUAUGUUUUUUGGUCUGCGUAGUCCAGACAACGCAACAUUAGCACAUAAAAACCCCCCUAGCAUUCGGUGCUUGUUGGGUAUUUGA